GGGACAGGACAGAGGGACAGGGGGGGACAGGACAGGGGGACAGCGCCGCCCCAGCUCCCUGUGGCCCCCUCAGCCCCUUUUUUCCCUCAGGAGCUUCCCCGGGACUCGCCGCCCUCCUCCCCGGCGGCCGGGCGCUGCGUGCUUUUUGCGGCGUUUUUAAUUUAAUUUAUUUUUUUUCCCCUCUCCUCGUUUAAAUACCAAAUACAGCCUCCCCCCCGGGGGCAGGGGAUGGAGGUGUCUUAGGAAAAAUACCCAAUUCCGCAGCCCGGGCUGAAGGCCGGCCCGGAGAGGGAGCGAUGAGCUCGGGCUGAGCGGCCGGGGACGUGGGGAGCCGGUGUAGGGCCGGUGCCAGCCCCGGUGCUGCCCUUCUGCCGGUGCCAGCCCCAGCCCUGGUGCUGUUCCUCGGCCCCUCAGCACCCUCAGCAGCACCUCGGCACCCUCAGCAGCACCGCCAUCCAACCCCAGCCUGGCCCACGUGCAGCCACCGGCCUCCUCCCGCAGGACUCCCGAGCCGUCUCUUCCUCGGAGGCUUUGGACGUUGGAAGGCGAAAUGGAGCUGCUCUUCUUCUCCCAAACACUACAUGUUGCGUAACGGGAGCCAGGACGAAAGCCCCGGCCCGUGUGCUGGUCUCGGUACGACUCCCAGCGCUCGGCACCCACCGGGGAUGCUUUACGGAGCUUGAUGUGGAACGGAGUUGGAGCCUCUUCAGAGACUUCGUUGUGUCCGGCGGCUUAAUUGCUGACUUCUUUUUCUUAGUGGAUUCGUAACGUACUUUUAUGAAUUAAAUUUUGCCACUGUUUGUACAGAAGCCAAAUGACACGUGUGUUUUGAAACACGGUUCCAAAUAUAUCCAGCCCUGAACCCGGAUUCUCGCUAGUAAGAGCCGGAGGGAGAUCGUCAGUCUCUACAUAAACCUGAUUUUACUGUUUCGUGAACAUUAUCCUCUUCAGAGAUGUUGCUGUAGAUUGCUUUACAACUGUUCGGCAAGAAGGGGGAUUUUCCAGCUUGCUGGACCCAGGAAACUGGAUACUUAAAGUCACUUAAAUGUUUUAACAGCAUUGGAAAAUGGGAGCUGCUACUAAGUUGGCGUUUGCUGUUUUUCUUAUCUCUUGUUCUUCAGGUGCCAUACUCGGCCGAUCAGAAACACAAGAGUGUAUCUACUACAACGCUAAUUGGGAAAAAGAUAAAACGAAUCGCAGUGGCAUUGAACCUUGUUACGGCGAUAAAGAUAAAAGACGACACUGCUUUGCUACAUGGAAGAACAUUUCCGGAUCAAUUGAAAUUGUGAAACAAGGCUGCUGGCUAGAUGACAUCAAUUGUUAUGACAGGAAUGAUUGCAUAGAGAAAAAAGACAGCCCCGAAGUGUUCUUCUGUUGUUGUGAAGGCAACAUGUGCAAUGAACGCUUCUUCUAUUUCCCUGAGAUGGAGGUCACUCAACCGACUUCCAACCCGGUUACACCGAAGCCGCCUCUGUUCAAUACCUUGCUGUAUUCAUUGGUGCCUAUCAUGGGAAUUGCAGUGAUCGUGCUCUUUUCGUUUUGGAUGUACAGACAUCACAAGCUAGCAUAUCCUCCUGUGCUUGUUCCAACCCAGCACGCCUUUCAUAUAAUGAUUGAGGACCCCGGCCCACCGCCGCCGUCGCCCCUGAUGGGUUUGAAGCCAUUGCAGCUGCUAGAGAUCAAAGCUAGGGGAAGGUUUGGCUGCGUGUGGAAAGCUCAACUCCUGAACGAAUACGUUGCAGUCAAAAUAUUCCCCAUUCAGGACAAGCAGUCUUGGCAGAAUGAAUAUGAAAUUUACAGUUUACCUGGAAUGAAGCAUGACAAUAUUCUGCAGUUCAUCGGUGCAGAGAAACGAGGCACUAGCAUUGAUGUCGAUCUCUGGUUAAUUACAGCAUUUCACGAAAAGGGUUCGUUAACCGACUUUCUCAAGGCUAAUGUGGUUUCCUGGAAUGAGCUAUGUCACAUUGCUCAGACCAUGGCUAGAGGCUUGGCUUAUCUGCACGAGGAUAUACCAGGGCUGAAAGACGGACAUAAGCCUGCCAUCUCACAUAGGGACAUCAAAAGCAAGAAUGUGCUGCUGAAAAAUAACCUUACAGCUUGUAUCGCUGAUUUCGGUCUAGCUUUAAAGUUUGAGGCUGGAAAGUCUGCAGGGGAUACACAUGGACAGGUUGGCACACGAAGGUAUAUGGCUCCCGAGGUACUAGAAGGUGCUAUCAACUUCCAAAGGGAUGCGUUUUUGAGAAUAGAUAUGUACGCCAUGGGAUUGGUCCUCUGGGAGCUGGCGUCACGCUGUACUGCCUCAGAUGGCCCAGUGGAUGAGUACAUGUUGCCAUUUGAAGAAGAAAUUGGCCAGCAUCCCUCCCUUGAAGACAUGCAGGAAGUUGUAGUUCAUAAAAAGAAGAGACCUGUUCUAAGGGAGUGCUGGCAAAAACAUUCUGGCAUGGCCAUGCUUUGUGAAACCAUCGAGGAGUGCUGGGAUCACGACGCAGAAGCCAGGUUAUCAGCGGGAUGCGUAGAAGAACGGAUUAUCCAGAUGCAAAAACUAACUAACAUUAUAACGACAGAGGACAUUGUGACGGUGGUCACAAUGGUGACAAACGUUGACUUUCCUCCCAAAGAAUCCAGUCUAUGAUAGUUGCACUGGUCAUGCCACUGACCAACAGGACUCUUCACUGGAGCUGCUAAAGCUGACGGGACUGCUCACGUCGUUACCGUUUUCUGUGUGAACCGAACGAUAAGUCUCUCUGGAACAUCACCAAGAGGUGGUUUUCCUUUAUUUCCUCCUUCCUCCUCCCCAACAGGAAUCCAUGAGACUUUCUGCAUUCCCUGCUUACACCUGAAGGACACGGGACUGAGGAACGAUAACACGCUGUUAAGGAACUUAAAUGAAGAAUACGGACCUGUACUGGCUAAUCAAGUGUUUUAAAAACUGACAUCAGAUUUCUUAAUACCUGUCGGAAGAGACUAAUUCCUUAAAUGAACUACUGUUAUUUUUUUUAAAUCAAACAUUUCAUUUCAGAUUUAAAAAAGGGUAACUUGUUUUUAUUGCAUUUGCUGUUGUUUAUAAAAAUGACUAUUGUAAUGCCAAUAUGACACAGCUUGUGAAUGUUUAGUGUGCUGCUGUUCAGUGUACAUAAACAAAAGUAAUCAAGUGGGAUAUAGCAAAGAGGCUUCCAAGUAUUACUUAACCUCCCUCAACAAGGUAUACCUCAGUUCCACCUCUGCUAAAUUAUGAAAUUGACAACACUAACAAAAUUUGAAUAAUAAAUUGAUCCAUGUUUUGUAAAUGAUGUAUUUCAAAUUCACUGUGUUAUUUAAAAAGGGUAAGCUAUGCUUCAUGCCAACAGUAAAUGGCCAUUCCUAAAGCAGUGUUUUUAGCCUUUUCUUGUACUAGCUUGUUGUGUAUAAAAAAAAAAGUGCUGUUUAUUGAAACAAAAUUUUCCUUCUUGUUUUAGUUUAAAGCUUUUCUCUUACCUCCAUUUCCCAGAGUAUCUCAUACAUUUAUUUAAUGGAAUACUAUUUAGGUUUGCUGUGUCUGAGGAAUAUUUGAAAACUUAAGCAUGACUUUUUUUAAUUUUCUGUGAGCUAUGACACUGGAAAGCUCUGAAUUCUUUUUUUUAAAGUCUUUUUCCUAUUUAUGUUUGUGACAAGGUCUGCCUAAUGUGUGUUCUGUUUCACUAAACAGUAUGCAGUGGGUUCUGUAUCACUGUUUCAGGAUCACCUCAGGAAGCUCGGUUACCCCAAAUUCUUUCCUCUCUGCAACUUCACUCUACUUCAAGCUCGGUGCCAUCGGAUCAGCUGUACUUCAUGUCUGUGAUAUGCAGGUUUGUCCCAGAAUCGUACUAAAAAAUUAGAGCCAGAGUUUUCAGAUUACAAAUGCUUAAAAAUUUCAGGGAUAAUUUAGCUACACGUAAAAUAUGCAACGACAAGUAAGAGGUAACGAAUGCCGAUCUCCCUACCACAGACUCA